AAAACACUUGUCAUAGUAAUAUCAUAUUCUUCCCUGCGUAUCACAGAGGGCUCAUAUAUAUUUAGAUAUCUCUCUUAAGGCGCGACUCUCCAUCCUAAACUCCGGAACAAUCUGAUUGGAAGACCGCGGUCUUUAUGCGAGUAGACCAAUCAGAGGUCUGGGAUCUAUACGAGGUGCAAAGGGCGACACGCACUACCGAACGUAAACACCAUACUCGCUUCACACCAUAUAUAGUGAUCCGGUUCGUUACGACUCCCGAAACAGGAGGGGUGCAGAUUCCCGCGUUGUUGCGCGGUGAGACCAGCGUGCCUUCAGACAGCGAACUGGGCUACUCGCGCGGUGUUGCAGCGAUCAUCUUGGGCAAUGGGUAUGAUGAUUCCGACAUCCAAAUGCUGCGAAAAGCAGCAAAAGACAUCAAGCCAAUGCCUUGGCUGCAAGCCGAUGGGUCGAAGCCGACUCCGCCACUUGGGCCUGAGUAUGGGAAGGCGUUGGUGGAGAGGAUUAAGAGCACGGUCAAGGAGUUGCAGGAGAAGGGGGCGAUGGAUGAGGAUGCUGCCGUCUAUUAUUAA